GACACAGAUGCUGAACAUCUUGUUCAGCAGAACAACUUUGCCCCUCCCUCACACGGUGCACCUGGUGCUUUAUUCAGUUCUGUGAUUUCAAUGCCAGAUGUACUCAUACUAAAUGAACGUGCUAGUCUAAGUUCUUGUAAUUUUGGUAACAAGGAGUGCAUGACUGUGGUACACAAGAGCCCCUGGUUCACCUGAACACCCUGCCGUGUGCAGCGGCGUGUUUCCUGCAGCCUGUUUCACGAACCGCUGUGAAGGAGGCGCUUACAGAUUUAAAAAAAAAUGCCUGCCCAUAAAAGCCCUGUGAGACACCAACUGACCAUGGAGUAAGAGAGAAAUCAUUGGAUACAGUGUGCGCCAGGUCAGAUGAGGACAGAAGAUUAUAUUUAUACCGUAUGGUGUAGGAUGGAGCGUCUGCUUGUCACGCUGGUAGAGGCACUUCUCAGAACUAAAUUUGGGCAGGACGACAUCCUCAAAAUCUGCAAGGGCUUUGAGCUGAAGCUGCUCCAGGAGACGUACGAUGCCGCAGGUGGCGCGUCGAUCGACCAGGUGAGAGCGACGCACUGGGAAGAGGCCAUCCGGGAGGCGGGGGGCGGUGACCCGGGGGGCACCUUGGCGGCCGAGUGCUACUCUCUGUGGAAGAGCACGCGCCUGGAGCGGCUGGCCAUCCCGGGCCCGGUCCGGGCUCUGCUGGAGGACCUGCGCGGGACCCACAAGCUGCUCCUGCUGACCAACGGGGUGACGCAGCCGCAGUGGGAGAAGAUCCGGGCGGUGCGCUGCGAGGAGCUGUUCCACGCCGUGGUGGUGGGGGGGGAGCACGCCGAGGAGAAGCCGGCCCCCUCCAUAUUCCAGCACUGCUUCGGCCUGCUGGGGGUGGGGCCGCGGGACUGCGUGAUGGUGGGCGACUCCCUCGACACCGACGUGCUGGGCGGAGUCAACGCCGGCGUCCGAGCAACCGUGUGGGUGAACCCCAGUGGCAGGGACAUACCCGCCGGAGUGUCCGUCAAGCCGGACUACACCAUCGCCAUGGUGCUCGAGUUACCCACAAUACUCUCCACCUUGAAAUGACAACUUUUUAAAUAGCGAUCAAAGCGAUAGCGUUCGUGAACCAAAUAAUGGGCAUUUCCAAUUUCUGGUGAUCUGGGGUUUACCUUUUUAUUUGCUCCAGCCUUUACUGUUCAAGUUUGUUUAUUAGCUUUAACUGGACUGGGAUGUUGUGGAAUUUAAGAUUUAAUAUUGCAUAGAAAAACCUGAGCUCAAAUGCGUUACUGGAGGAAGGAUAUUUCAUGCAUAUUUUAAGACUUGGGUCAUAAAUACUUCAUGAGAAACUUGCGAGACUAUUGCCAAUUUUUAGGUGUUUUUGGCACCUGCAGGUGCCUGUUCUAAAGCAGGAAAUAUCCUUCCUCCAUAGGGAAAAUCAAGGUAUCGUCAAUGCAAUUCUGUCAACAUUCACUCUGGAUGUCCUUGAAGGGAAUAUUUAAAAUAUUUUAUUGAUCAUAUAUAAACCUAAUUUACUGAUUAAACAAGGUUAAAUGGGACCUUUCAGUUCCCCCAUGAAAAUGAGAUGCAAAUCUCAAUGGUGCUCUAUCCAGGAUAAAUGAGGGAUAAAUAAAAAUUAAUGGUGGGACCAAAGAA